UUGGUGAACUAUACUAUUUUAAUUGUAAAAUAUAAUGCUUCAUGCAUUGAGAGGAGCCAGGUGAGGUGGCUUGGGCAUCUGGUCAGGAUGCCUCCCGGACGGCUCCCUGGGAAGGUGUUCGGGUCAUGUCCGACCUCAGGGAAGACCCAGGACACCUUGGAAAGACUAUGUCUCUCAACUGGCCUGGGAACACCUCGCCGGGAGGAGCUGGACGAAGUGGCCGGCGCGAGGGAAGUCUGGGCUUCCCUGCUUAGGCUGCUGCCCCGUGACCUGACCUCGGCAGAGGCCCUCCUGCAGGCAGCAAGCAAGCAGUCGGCUCCGGGCUGGCUGACAAUGGCGGCGCUGCUCCCACUCGGGCUCCACUGUGUGCCUCGCAGUAGGAAGCUGUCAGCCACUUGAGAGCCGUGCGGAGUCCGCGGAUAAGCGAUGGCGAUGGAGGACCAGCCUGACAGCACCGUGGCCGCCACUGCCGCCACCGCCGCCGAGAAGAGAGAGAGCGGGGCUUGCAUCGACAGGCAGCCGGACACGGCGCUCCACCAUCCAUCCGGGCUCAUCCACACUGGAGGUCGCGGUGGCCGUACUGCUGCAGCCGGAAUAAGGGUGCUAAAGCGUAACAUGAAGCGUAAUGGCAGUCGGGGCUGCAUGACGAGAAAGACCAGGUUUGGAUCCAGGGAACGAGACUGGCUGAAGAGUGACACCCAGCGGGGCUGUGUGUGCCUGUAUGGGGCCACUGUGGACCCCCAGCUACCUGCCUCUGGGCCCCAGGCCUCCUCCACCCCUCAGCCAGACCUGCAGCUGGUUCUGUGUUCCACCAGUACCACAGUGGAGGAGAUGUGUGUCCAGAGGGAUGGACAGGACCUCUAUGUUCAACUGCAUGGAGACCUGCUCAGGAGGCUGGAGCCCACAGAGCGGCCUCUCCAGAUGGUUUAUGACUAUCUGGCUGCCAUGGGCUAUGCAGACCCGGUGCGUGUGCAGCAGGAGGCAGCCAAUUCAGACCUCAGCUGCUUGAUCCGCUUCUACAGUGAGCGACCCGUGAAUGCCGACCAGCAGGAGCGCACCCUGCUGAAGGGCGUGUUCAGCGUCAGGAAGGGCAAGACACAGCUGCACAAGUGGGCCGAGCGGCAGGUCAUUCUCUGCGGAACUUGUCUCAUUGUGGCCUCCGUGAAAGACAGCCUGACAGGCAAGAUGCACAUCCUGCCUCUUGUGGGUGGAAAGGUGGAGGAGGUGAAGCGGAGACAACACUGUCUGAUGUUCAGCUCGGCAGGAUCGCAGGCUCAGACCUACUUUGUCAACUUUGACACACUGACCGACUACCAGCGAUGGCAUCGACAGGCAUCCAAAGUGGUGUCUCAGACCGUCAGUUUGGUAGACCUAUCCUGCUACAGUCUGGAGGCGCUGCCUGAGUAUCUGUUCUACAGCCAAGAUGUCACCCACCUCAACUUGCGACACAACUUCAUGAACCUGCCGGGGCCUGGAGGUCUGCUCCACCUCCCCAGGUUCUCUCAGUUGAAAAGCUUGAACUUGUCUCACAACCGUCUGGGUGUCUUUCCUGAAUGUGUAUGUGAGAUCCGCAACCUCACUGAGCUCAACCUUUCCUGCAACAACCUCCGCACUGUCCCCGUGCAGAUCGACAACCUCCAAAGUCUCCAGACUCUGUCUUUAGAUGGAAACCACCUAAGCUCUCUGCCUGCUGAGCUGGGUGGACUCUCCCAGCUCAGCAGUCUGGGGCUGUCCUUCAACGACUUCAAUCACAUCCCCGCUGUUCUGCAGAGACUGAGCGCUGUGGACAAAUUGUCCAUGGCUGGAAACCAAGUGGUGUGUCUGGAAGUGUGCACUCUGCUCUCUAUGGGCCACCUAAAACACAUUGACCUCAGGUUAAAUGGACUACGCUGUGUAAAAAGUGAGAGUCCAGAGCCAGUGAACCAGCUGACCCACUUGGACCUAAGGGACAACUGUUUGGACUCACUGGACCUCACUUCUGUGUGCAACCUGGAGACCCUCAGCUGUCAGCGCAAUCAGCUGAGAGCGCUGACGAUCAGCGGUUUCACCCUGCGCAUGCUUCACGCCAGCUACAACCGCCUUAGUACAGUCAGUGUUUACCCAGUCCCAAACCAGCUGACACAUUUGGAUUUAUCACAAAACCUUCUGGAGUACCUACCAGACUGGGUGUGUGACUGCAAGAAAAUAGAGAUGCUGGAUGUCACGGACAACCUCCUUUCUGAGCUUCCUUCCAGAUUGCUCAACAGCUUGAGUUUGAGAAAACUGCUGGCGGGGAACAACCACUUGCACAGAGUGCCUGACUUGCUGGACCACGUCCCCCUGGAAGUCCUGGACCUCCAGCACAACAAGCUAUCAGAACUCCCGGAGAGUCUCUUUUUCAAGGCCUUAAACCUAAAACAUUUAAAUGCGUCAGCCAACGCCUUGGAAAGUAUUCCUCCCAGUGGCCAAUCAGACGAGAGUCUCAGCACGCUGCAGGAGUUCUACCUGACGAGGAACAAACUCACUGAAGACUGUGGUGCUUUGUUGGUAGGACAUCACAACCUGAGGGUCCUGCAUAUCGCCUACAACCAGCUGCUGUCCUUCCCUGCCAGUAAACUGAGUAAGUUGGAGCUGCUGGAAGAGCUCAAUCUAAGUGGCAACCAGCUGAAGAGCAUCCCCUCCACAGUGUCCAGCUGUAAAAAACUGCAUACCCUCAUAGCACACUCCAAUCACAUUACGGUCUUCCCAGAGAUCCUCAACCUUCCAGAAAUCAAGCUUGUGGAUUUGAGCUAUAACCAGCUCACUGAGAUCCAAUUGCCCGACUCGCUGCCACCUACCCUGCAGGAGCUGGACUUGACAGGCAAUAGCAGCCUGAUGCUGGAACAUAAAACCCUUAAUCUGUUCAGUCACAUCACCACAUUGAAGUUGGACCAAAAAUCCACCACCACGGGAGAUUCACAAAACGCCUCCGCUCCUUGGAGCCAUGGCUACUCUGAAAUGAGAGGCCAAAGGAACAAGUUGUGUGUGUCCGUGCUGGCCAUAGACCGCCUUGGAGACAGUGUGGAAGCAUGUUAUGGUAUCUUUGAUGGCGACCGCAAUGAGGAAGUGCCUCGGCUGCUUCAGUGCACCAUGGGUGACGUGUUGUGCGAAGAAGUGCAACAUUCCAGUAUUGACAGUGUGUAUAUGAGCAAUACCUUCCUAACCUCACACAGGAAACUAGGUAUGGCCGGGCAGAAACUGGGUGCCUCCGCUUUGCUGUGUUAUAUUCACCAUGAGUCCUCAGAGCCAGGAGGCUACCUCAGUGUGACCGUGGCCAACGUGGGCACCUGCCAGGCGGUGCUGUGUCGGGACGGCCGACCCGUACCCCUCUCCAAGGUUUACAGCCUGGAGAACUGCACUGAGGAGAUGGAGAGAGUUAAACUCAACAAGGCCAUCGUUACGGAGGAUAACAAAGUAAGCGGUGUGACAUGCUGUUCCCGCCUUCUGGGCUGCUCUUAUCUGUCCCCCUGGGUGAUUCCGAAGCCCUGGGUGCACACGGAGCCGCUCUCUUCCCACGACGACUUCUUGAUCUUGGGGAAUCGAGCGCUGUUUGAGCGGGUCUCCUACCAGGAAGCUGUGUGCACCGUUCAGGCCGUGCGGGAUCCGCGUGCCGCUGCCAAGAAGCUUUGCUCGCUGGCUCAGAGCUAUGGCUGCAAGGAUAACAUUGGAGCUGUCGUUGUGGCAUUGAACAUUGCUGAGGACAGCUGUACCUGUGAGGCACCAGUCUACACCGCUGAAAUCCGGGGUCCUCCUCCUGUACCUUUGUCUGUGUCCAUGACGCCAGCCCCUAGCGACACAGCCACCCUGUCAUCCACUAGUGGUGUGGUCUCAGAGUUCAACAGUGAAACAUCAGCAUCAGAGCUGGGCAGCGAGGCGGGUUCCACUGCUUCUGAUGAACACCCAUCCUCAGGAGCCGCUCCCCGCCCAGAGAGACGGUGUAGCCUCCAUCCUAGCACGACUCUGUGUGGGAUCAUAGUCCCAUCCUCGGUUGGGCUAGUAAGCCACAUGGGUGUGUUCCAGCGGCAACCAUCCUGUGUCACAUUCUCCAGCAACCAUUCUGACAACGGCUUGGACAGUGACGACGAGACUCCUCUGGAGGGCGUCAUUUCCAAUGGCAGCAAGUUAGAAGUAGAGGUCGACAUUCACUGUUGUGCUUUCCAGCUGCGGUCAGGGGCCCCCGAGAGCACCAAGGACACUGACCUUGAGAAGCGAGGUUGCGAUUAUCCUAAUGGGAAGAUGCGCAGACAGAACAGCGUGGUGGUCUCUACAACAAACGGCUGCCUGUUGGCGGUUUGUGGAAGAGAGAUCGCCGACCUCAAAAAGUCACCUUCUACAUCGAGCUUAUUUGGGAAGAAGCUGUCCAAUGGUUCUGUGGUGGUCCCCGAGGACAGUCACAAUCUCAUCGAGGUGGCCCUGGAAGCUCCUAAGAAGAAGUCUGGUUAUUUCACUGCACCGGCGCAGCAGGACCCCGAGGACCAGCUGAUUGUGCCUCCUUGUCUGGAGCAGGAAGUACGGGAGCAGCUAAAAGGCCAGAGCCCUGUUGUCUCAGGCCCCUCUGCUACAUCCAUACCCGCUUCCUUGAAAGACUCAGGGUGCGAUCAACCCCACCCUCUUCCCUUUGCCCCCAACAUGGUGCCAGGUCCUGGAGCAACUCCCAUCAUAAAGCAGGAGGUGUAUGACACUGCCCUCUAAAAAGGCAACACAGCAAAAGUUGGCUGCAAUGCUGUUAUUGUGCCAUCCGAGGGAAGCAAAGGACGUGCUUCUCUUUCUAUUAUGCGACCAGGACUCCACUUUGUGAUGUAAUGUUGUGUGAAAUGAGACUGAAGCCUCCUUUUACGUGGAAAUUCUUAAAAUGGUAGAGCAUUUACAGGAUAGUGUUGAGUGCGGGUCAUAUUCUUCUUGAUAAAGUGCCUCUUGCAGACAACUCAGCCUCCCAUGUUCCCAGGCUACAUGGCUGUUUUAGAAUAGACCUUCUUACUUGCAAUGCAUUUGAACGAAGGACGGUGUGUCUUAGAGACCAACCCUGGCACUGCUACGCUUCAUCUUCCUGUGUCUUAUAUAGGGAACUCAAACAAUACAACCACCAUGCAUCACAUACUGUAUAACCACAUUUCCACUUAGUGAUACGGUUCAGUUCAGUUUACCAUAAUAUGGUUUGUUAACAGUAAAUACUGAUCAUGGGGAUGAUGAGGGCUUCCAUGUGUCUGGCUAUACACUCUUUUGGUACCGUUCCACUCUGGUUGGUACGCCAUACAGUGCAGUAUGGUAGGUUAUAGUAUCACACCGGGGGGAAUCCUCACUGGAUUUGUAGUUGUUUGUCACUUGUCAAAUACUGUAUCAUAAGCAAUUGGAGGACGCCUGUCGGGAUACGUUGUGGUUGUCGAGUAUCCAUUUCUCCUUUUUGGUACUCGUCACAACUUUUGACCAUGGUAACACAAAAAAGUCGCUUACCAAACUGUGCCGAUUGGUGGAAAGCAAACACUGAAGAUAACGGCCUCGCAGAAAACCAAUGGCAGGAUUUGAUUUUGCGUAGAGUCUUCUUCAUAGAAUGCACACUCCGAACAAGCGCGGGUGUUAAGAUUGUUCAUUCAUAUUCGGAGCAAUGCAUCCUGACUAUACAGUAGAUGUCAAAAAAAUAUAAAAUAGUAUGAAGUCAUUCAACUGCGCAAAGCUAACGUGAAGGUGAAAUUUGAUCACGCCGCAAUCUGCCAUGGUGUGUGUGCCUAUCUCCUUGGAAAGUAUGUAGGGACACGUUUUUCAUCAUUUUGUUGGUUGCUUGACCUAAAUUUCAGUCAAAUGAAUCUAUGGAGGCAUGAUAAUGAUGUGGCAUUUAGAAGGACAUGCAGUGUUUUAUGUUGUGUGUCUCUGCUGGUGCAAAUGCAAUAUAACAGCGCGUCUUUAAAGUGUGGCACAGUGAGACUCCCCUCAGAGAUACAAUUCUCCCUUAAACAUCCUUAAAAAAAACAUUUCCGGAGCAUCUUUUGUGCCUUUUUCGGCUGACUCCAGACUCUGUUUACUCACCCGCUGUAGGAACUAAAAUUAUGUGUAUUUUGCUUUCAAACAUCACUGAAAAAAGUUUUUUUCUUUAUUCUUCUUAAGCUGUUGUCCCCUUGAAGCCUUCGGCGCCUCACACUUUGACAACGGCUGCUAUAUGAUAGACAGAGAUGCAGCUCAUGCCCCUUUUUGGCAUAUUCUACGUGAUCAUUUGAAUUGUCAGAUGGAUGUGACUCCUUGUUCAUGGUGCCAAAAGAGAUUGAUGUGGCCAAAGUCAGGUAAUUGCACAUUCCAAUUCUGUCUUGUGUUGCCUUUUAUUGGUUGUGCAGUUGUGGCGUUCCAUAGUUUGACUUUUCAGUGUUCCCUUUUCGCUUUAAAGUGUCACUGCUCAGUAUUUGUUAGAAGGAAAAGGAGCCAUUGUUUGAACUCCACUCAAGUUGCGUUAUUGUCUCGGAAGCCUUAAUCGAUGUGUCUUUCUCUUGUUAAAGUUGUGUCUUCUUUUUGGAUUCAAUCGUAAAUAGGAAAGCACUUUGUACUAAGCUUAGUAUGUGAUAGAAUGUGGUCAUCAUACCGUGUGCUUGACUUAUGGUGAGGUCCAUACAGGAAGAAAGAAAGACAUUUGCAUUGUUUUACUCUAUCAUGCAUUUGCUUACAUAUGUCCUCCUUGUUUUCUUAUAUCAAUUGCAUUUAUUAUCCGUACAGCAUAUUUAUUAUUCUGUUCAUUUUAAAACAACACUAUUUGUAUUUUUAUGUGAUUUACAAGGUGGGUGCUGGAAUGAGGCAUGAGAAAUUUUAACCAGGGAGGGGUGGGGAAGAAGGAAACUGAAUUUAUUUAAAAACGCCACUCAAGCCCAACAGAACACAUCACUCCUGACUGGAUUUAUGGGCUUAUAUGACAUCUAUCUAAGAAAUAAAAAUAACAGCAAAACUAAUACUACACUAAUACAUUUGUUUCAUUUAUAAGCACUUUCCAGGACACUCUGUCACCUUACAAACACAUCAAAAACAAUCAAUGCAUUAGCAAAGGAAGCUGCAAUACUAACGUGAUACACAUAUUAUAUUACAGUAUGUACCAAAUCACACAGAUGUGGUUUUUUUUUAGGUAGUUUUUCAACGUGUGGAGAGAAUCGAUGCUACAUGAAGAUUACUGGUACAUAAAAAGAUUUCUUUUAAAAAUGGAGCGCAGUAAUAAACUCUUCUUUGGCUCUGCCUUUAGCCUGUUCUUCACCAUUAAUCACUACACGGCGCACACUGUUACGUGCAGUAUAUUGCCAUAUUUGCAGAACCUAAACUUACAAAAAUCUCUUUGUUAAUGUGUCUUGACACUGAUGAAUUGAAUGUAGAUGUGUGUAUGUGUGUGCGUGUGUGUCGUUUGUUCCUUAUCCAAUGCCUGGGCUGCAUUGCACAGCGAUACAUUCUCUGCUAUUAUAGUUAUAUACUUUUAUACAAGUAUCUCUGUGUCCCAGUCAGCACAUUUCCAUGACAAUGCGUGUGCAUGUACAUACUGUAUAUGGACUCUAUGUGUAGAUACAAGAGGGCACAGGGUCGUGGAGUACACAGUACAGUGCAUUGCUGACGAUAUUCCCUUUAAUUCUUUAGUGGAGCGGGUCCAUAGUAGUCUUAUUAAAGCCAUGUUGCACCGGAAUAAAAGACUGCAGUAUGAGCUGUUUUAAAUAUUGCAAAACCAAUGUAUUAAUGUUGCAAAAUGUCUUGUGUGUGUGUUUGUGUGUGUAAAAUGAAGCACAUGUGCACUAAGUGUAUGCAUGUUGUCGUGAAGACACUUGGGGUGUCAAUCAUGUGACCAAAGUGGCCAUUGCUCAGUCUCCGGGUUUCUUUAAUUACGUUAUUGUCUAGAAAGGCUCGAGUCUGUUUUGUUUUUUGCUAACGCCAAGAAGCUGAUGUUUAUUUUUGUAUACAUCAUUGCAAAUGAAUAAUUCCCUCUCCACUACAGAAUUUCAAUUGAUGGGGUCUCAUUCUGGUACUGAAUAGUACUAAAUAUAACUGUAUUUAAUGUUGAAAGCAUGCCCUCAAUGUCAAGAUAGAAGAAAUAUAUAUAUAUAUACAUAUAUAUAUAUAUAUAUAUAUACAAUAUAAUCAUUAUUUGUACACAAUGGAGCAUAUCUGGACUUUUGUUUUGUACUCUAGCAUGCAAAUUGCUGCUGCUGUUUGUUCAUUUUAGGAUUACUAAUUAGAGAAGACCUUCUGUUGAGAAAAAUGACUAAGAGAGAGUGAAAGAUGGCCGUUAUUUUAUUUACAAUGCUGCUAAGUAGCAAUAAAACUUUUUACUGUGAAUCUUUUUGUCUGACGUCAAACAUUUAAUGAUCAUUUCAUACUAAUAUCGUGCAUUUUUUGACAUUCGUAUGAGAAUUGGAUUGGUUGGUGGUUGUUUAUACGAAAAUACUGUAACCCUGAGCAAAAAUGGGUUUAGAGCUCUUGAAUACAAGCCGUUAAUCUGCCAUCUGUUGGUGAAACUCAGAAUGACAGCUCGAAGUAAUGGUUGCAGAAUUAAAAGUAUUUGUGGGUUUCC